AUGAUCGGUGGAUGGCUGAGUUCAAGCAUUGCGGUGCAUGGUGGUGUUUUACGGUGGAACUCCAGUAAGCCUAUAACGGUGGAACUGGGAGCUCAGCAUCACUUAUCUACAAUAACAGGGCGCACACCUCCUGAGAUUAACAACCUUACCAAUAUAACCUUCAUAGAUUUCCGGAAUAACUUUUUCCAAGGCAGAAUUCCAUCAUUGAAAAGAAUAAAAAAAUUGGAAAGACUGUACUUGCAAGGCAACAGUUUAGAAGGAAGUAUUCCCAUUGACUUCGGACAGUUGAAGCAUCUUGGCCUCUUGGAUAUGAGCAACAACAUGCUCUCCGGGGAAAUCCCAGGCAGGUAUCUUUGUCACCUCCUGCAGCUGCGAAGGCUUUCUCUUCAUCAUAAUCUGUUAUCAGGAAACAUACCUACCAGCUUAGGGGACUGCAAGAAUUUAGAACUUUUUGACUUGUCCCAUAAUAAGCUAAAGGGGAAGAUACCACGAGAAGUUGCCAGUCUUUCCAACCUGCAUUUCUAUCUGAAUUUCUCGUGGAAUUUAUUAGAAGGUCCCUUGCCUGCAGAGAUAAGUAAGUUAGUACUUGUACUCGCUAUAGACAUCUCUUCCAAUCACUUGAGUGGGCCGAUUCCAGCAGCGAUAGCAAGUUGUUCUGCACUAGAAUCAUUGAAUUUAUCUAGAAAUACAAUGGAAGGUCCCCUUCCACUUUCAAUGGGAAAACUGCAAAAUCUUGUGGAGCUGAAUCUCUCUUCCAACUCUCUGUCAGAAGCCGUUCUCCAAAGACUAGAGCACACAAAGAUUUCAUAUGAAGAGCUUGCAGCAGCAACUGGAGGAUUCAAUGAUGCCAAUCUGUUGGGGACAGGUAGUUUUGGACCAGUAUAUAAAGGGAUUCUUAUUGAUGGCACAUUCAUUGCUGUCAAGGUUCUCAAUUUGCAAGCUGAACAAGUCCAUAGCAGUUUCAAAGCAGAGUGCAAUGUACUCAAAAAGGUUCGGCAUCGGAAUCUUGUUAGAAUCAUAACCUCCAACUCAAACCCUCAAUUUAAAGGUUUGGUUUAUGAAUUUAUGCCCAAUGGAAGCCUGGAAAAGCAUUUGUACCCUGAGAGAGAGGACGGGGAGGAUGAAGUUUGUGAAUUGGCGUUCAAGACAAGGUUACACAUAGCCACAGAUGUGGCACUUGCCAUGGAAUAUCUUCAUCAUGAUUCUUCAUUCAAAGUUGUGCACUGUGAUUUGAAACCUAGCAAUGUCCUUUUGGAUGAAGACAUGACAGGUCAUGUAACAGACUUUGGUAUUGCUAGGUUAACAGGGGCGACUUCCACUGAUUCUCUUACUUCAACAUUGUCUUUGAAGGGGUCCAUUGGCUACAUUCCACCAGGCAUGAUUUCUGAACUUUACUUUGUUUCUACAUUUGAUGCUGAUCAAUGCUCAUUUUAA